UCAAAAGGACGAAAGAUGGCCCGCCAUUGCUCAGCCAAUAAUUGCACACCUAACACACAAUCCUCCAUCCCUUAAUGGCGUCUUAAUGAGCUCGCUGUUUGGCUGUACAAGCACAGGAAGGUGUGCUGGUCUAAUUAUAAACACACAGUGUGAUGGAGCAGAGCCGUGUGAUUGUAUCAGGAGGAUUUAAACACACACAUGUAGAAUAUGUGCACUGCACAAUGGUUAUUGGAAAUCUGAUAUUUAACGCGCAGGCUUCCAUUGUGGUUCAUUGUUCCCUAAACAAACUAAUAGCGCUUCCUGCGAGCGCGCAGCCAAUCAGCACGUGGCGCCGGGGCCGGAUGUGACGCAGGCGGAGACGCAACCGUCGGUCGGUGUUCCUGAAAACGGAAAAUCAUCACGAUGUCUGGUCGGUGACGUGCCGGUUGUUUCUUCUUGGUUAUGAUCGAGUGUGGGGUGCUUUCGCAGACACGCGUGUGGAAAUAAAAUGGAGGAAGCAGAUUUGUUUAUGGAGUGUGAGGAGGAGGAGCUAGAGCCAUGGCAGCAAAUCAAUCAGGAUGGGGUUCAUGAUUCACUUAACGCUGCUGAAAGAUCUGUAACUCCAUCUGCGUCCAAACCAGUUGUGAUUUCCAGCAUUUCACCAGCCAGCACUAAUGUGAAUACUGUCCAGAUGCUAACUAAUCCAUUGCCAGCAGCUUUACCUGCAAGCAUCUCCAAAGGUACACCAGGGCAGCAGUUGAUCCUGACUCAAGGUACUGGUGGAUUGACAUCUGUGGCUUUAUCCCCAGUGAUUCUUCCUGGCACUUCAUCUGGGGCUAGUAGCAGCCAGCCCAUCUACCUGACCACACAGAGCUUUCCUGUACAGAAUAUCCAGUCAGGCCAAAGCCCAGUGAGCAUUGUGUUAAAUGUUCAGCAAGGCCAAACAGUUCGACCCAUUACUCUGGUCCAAGCUGGUGCACCUGGACUUUUUAAACCAGCAGUGGGAACAACUCAAAUAAUAACUUCUCAAGCUCAGAUGAGGCCUAGCACUCCUGUAGUGACGCGGGGACAGGCACCAGGCUCCUUCACUGCCAUGCAGAUUCCUGCCACCCUCACCAUCAGAAACACAGCUCCAACCAGCCAGCCAAAAGCAGCGUCUGUCCCAAGCUCCCAGCCUUCCACUCAACCGAAGUCACUGCCCAUUACCACCCAGACUAAAAUUGUGACUGUCAAACCACGAAGUGUCAACUUAGACAUGCAGAAUCUGAUGAACAUCAUGAACUCCGUCAAUAUCCCUACUGUGAGUCAGCCUCAGACCAUUGUCGUUAUGAGAAAUCCGAAGACUAAUUGCUCGGGCUCUGCUGCUGUCCAUGCAGCUAUUCCUGUAGCUCAGAGCAGCAUUGUUCAAGGUAAUUCUGUAUCUGCAUCUUACGCUUGUCCACGAUGUGGAGCCCAGUUCAAAAUGGUGGAGGCACUCCGGGGGCAUAUGUGUUUCUGCUGUCCAGACAUGACUCAUACAAGUGUAAAGAGUGAAGUACCCACAAAAUUAGAGCAAAAUAAGAGCAGCCCCAUUGUGAAAAUAAAAACUGAAAGUCCAGGAGAACAUCAGUCCAAGAUUGUCAUGUUGGUGGAUGAUUUCUAUUAUGGGACGUAUGAGGGAAAUCGAGAAUAUGUGCCCACAGACAACUUAAAAGAGACUUUAUCCUUCAGAUGCUUCACAUGUGGCAAAAAGCAGAAGAACAAUAUCAGGCUCAUGAACCACAUGAAGCUCCAUGUAGACGUGAAACGGCAGAGUGAAGAAAACACAUCUUGCCAGCACUGUUAUCGCCAGUUUCCAACUCCAUUGCGCCUUCAGUGUCACGUGGAGAGCGUUCAUUCUGUUUUAGAGUCAACUACCAGGUGUAAAAUUUGUGAGUGGGCGUUUGAGAGUGAGCCUGUUUUCCUACAGCACAUGAAGAACACUCACAAACCUGGAGAAAUGCCAUAUGUCUGUCAGUUGUGCCAGUAUCGAUCUUCAUUCUACUCUGAUGUGCACAAUCACUUCUGCACAUGGCAUGAGGACACACGCUACCUGCUCUGCAUUUAUUGUCUGAAGGUCUUUAAGAACUCGGGUACAUACCAGCAGCACUUUGCUCGUCAUCAGAAAUCUUCAGUUUAUCAUUGCAACAAAUGCCGACUUCAGUUUCUUUUCACAAAAGAAAAGGUUGACCAUAAAAUCAAUCACCACAAGACUUUCCGUAAGCCAGCUCCUCUGGAAGGGCUUCAGGCUGGGACUAAAGUGACCAUUAGAGCGUAUGCAGGGCACCGAAAAACAGCAGGUCUAACAAGUCCUAAAACAAGUCAAGGCACUGAGAAUGUAAGCACUUGUGAAGCUACUACUGAACAGAAUUCACUGGCAACACAGAGCAGUGGACCUGGCAAAAAGCAGAUCACCAAAAUGUAUGGCUUCCUCACCAAGUUCCAGGAAUAUAGAGCACUUUUAGGGAGACAAAAGUGUGUUGAGUGCACCUUUGACAUCCCUGAUUUUGCCAAUCACUAUCCUACAUACGUGCACUGCUCAUUGUGCAAAUACAGCACAUGCUGCUCCCGUGCAUAUGCCAACCACAUGAUCAACAAUCAUGUUUCAAGCAGAACACCUAAAGCUCGUUCUAAAAAAGGAUCUUUGAGUUGGUUAAAGCUAACAUGUGUUUGGUGUAACUACAAGACUACUGAGGGAGAUCUGAUGGCCAAACACUUGGCCCAAUUCCCAAGUCACUCUUGCUGUGUUUUCAGUUUAAAAGAGUGUCUGGAGACUGAUAUUGAGUUCUGCCAGGUGGAGGAGGAGGAGGAGGAGGAAGUGGAAGGAGCUAAUGAUGUUGAGGCAAAGCCUGACUGGUUAUCUUUGGAGAACUGGAGUGUUCCACGUGAUGGAGGAUCUGUGCCAGAAUUCACAGACAGCAGUGGGCCACAGCAUUCAAUGUCUAAAAGCAGUGAUGUCCUUGAGUACUUCCAGCUACUGUUCCCUGAUGGCCUCAUAGAGCAGAUUGCUAAAGAGACCAAUUCUUAUGCUGAGUAUCAGCGCUAUGUAGGCCGAGGUGACCCCACUUGGCAGUCACUUACGAGUGACGAGGUCAAAGGUUUCAUAGGCCUGUCCAUUCUGAUGGGGCUGCAAGUUCUUCCAGAGCCAGAGAUGUAUUGGUCCUGGGAGCAUUAUCAUAGCUGUUCCACAUUCUACAGGACUAUGUCUGCAGCACGCUUCAAGCAGAUCAGCCUGCAUAUUCGGAUGCACAGCAUGCUUGCAAAGGAGGACCACCACAACUUGGACAAGCUUUCUUUCUUCCAGCCAAUGUUGAAAAUCCUGGAAACCAGCAUGCGCAAAGCUUACAAACCAAACAAAUGUUUGACCAUUGAUCGAACUUUACUGAGAUCCCAUGAGAAUGCGGCUGAAUGGGAAAAGUGUAGAAACUCUCAACCACGAAUAUGGCUCUUAUGUGAUUCAAAGUCUGGGUAUUGUCAUAAAUUGUUAAUCCUUACGAAACAGAAAAAGAACAGAGACUUGGGGAGUUUGGUUGUACCAUAUCUUGUGAAGGGCCUUGAAAGUAGAUAUCAUCAGAUAUAUAUAUCAAGCCUGCUAACAAGUCUUCCCCUAAUGAAGGAGUUACACAAAAAGAACAUAUUUUGUUCCAGCUCCAUCUCCACAUGUGACACAGUCCUUCCAGGAGACUUCUGGGAUCAGCCUGCAUUGAAGAACACUGGGGAUUAUGUUCAAUUGGAGCACCCCCCUGUGCUGGUUACUAGAUGGAAGGAUGCAAAAGAAAUGGUCUGCAUUUCUACAAAUGCUGUGGCUGGCCAGCCAGACAAAGUGUGGAGAAGAUCCACCAGUAAGGCAGGGGAACUCUCUACCAUUUCAAGACCACUAGCUUUUAAGCUGCUGCAAGAUAACAUGCGUGGUGUGGACAUCUGCAGUCAGCUCCUGGCCUGCAACCAGCUCGGAGGAUUGGUCCUGGACACAAACUGGCGAUGUCUCUUCUGGUUCCUUGUCAACUUGAGCAUCAUUAACUCCUUUAUUGUACUACGAGAGACUCGGAAAGGCAACCCACCCGGAUGGCUUCAGGGAGGCCACUUUUCUCAGGCUAACUACCGAAAACGCUUGGGAUACCAGCUGGCCAAAUGUGCGGAAAGACAAGCUCUUAAGAAGGAAAUAAACACUGACCAGUUGAUUCAGCGGAGACUUGAGGGUAAUCCUAAAAUUGAGUUUGUGGCGCCUAACAGGCAACACAAUCAGCCUGCAUUGGACACCACUUCUCCUAAAAACCUUCCCUGUGACUCUUUAAUGGCGGAUUCCUCAGGGAUGAAUGAAGACAUUGAUCAGGAAUUGGCCCCUCUGGGGUCAUCAGAUUCAGAGUUUGAGACAGAUGAUAGUAGUCAGCAAGAGCCCCAUGAGAAUGAAGAUGAAGACAAAGGCAAGGAGUCUGCAGCAAUGCCUAAUUCUCCAAAGCCUGUUCAAGAAACUGGGGACAUGCUGUCUGUGCAUCAGCUCCGAAUUCUUCUGUUUGCUUUGUGUUCUGGAAUCCAGAAAGCAGCCAAGGAUAUGGAUAUAGAACCUCAGCUUAUUAGGACUUGGCUUCAAGACAAAGAGAAAAGACUAGACUGUGAGGGUCUCGGCAGUAACAGUGGAGAUGCUUUGGAUCAUUUGGUGGAGUGGGUACUAGUCCAGAGAGAGCAGCAGCAUCCUAUCAGAGAGGAGAACCUGUUUCAGAAAGCUUCUGAGAUCCACAGUCAAACUAAUCAAAGCAGUUCCUUUCGUAUUUCUUAUGAAUGGGCAGUGACCUUUAUGCUUCAAUACAAGCUGGGCUUGCAUUAUAUUGGCAUACCUGGUCAUCAGCUACCAUGCAGAAUGGAGGAAGUUUGCAGGGAUUUCACAGGAUUUGUGCAUAAACAGAUUAAAGCACACAAUAUUCCUCUUUCUGCUGUUGGUACUAUGGAUGAGCUUUCGAUUUUUGUUGACUUUGACCGACUUGUUGAUACAUCGACUUCCAAAGACACUGCAUUCCAAUUAGAAGGCACUGGAAAACCAUGGAUGAACAUUUAUCUGUCAGUGCUGGCAGAUGGUACAGUGUUGCCCACAAUGCUAUUUAUUGAAGGCACCUCUUUAGAAGGUUGUAGCAAAUUGCUGUCAGACAUAGUUAAACUUGAAGCAAGAGUUGGAGGUUUCUCAGAAAAAGAGGAAUUAGAGAUCUGGACUGCUAACGUAUGGCAGCAGUAUUUAAACUCUCAGAAUGGAAAUAAGGCCAUGCUAGUUAUUGAUAGCCAUCAUAGCCAUAUGACGGAAGACUUCCUGUCUACCUUGAGUGGAACCCAGACCUUACCUAUGGUAAUUCCAUCCGGGUGCAGCAGUCAACGUCAGCCUUUGGAAAUGUGUGUGCGCCCAGUUCUAAAAAAGUUUUUGCUGUGUCGCUGGUCUCAUUUUAUAACCCAAAACAAAACAGCUGAUCUAAAGCCUGAAGACCUGGCUAGACGACUUAUGUCUUGGUUAGAGGAGGCCUUGGCUUGUUGUUCUGGCAGGCCUCAAAUAAUUCAGCACUCAUUCUGCUUCUCCAGACUUAUCACAGAACACGAAGAAUGUAAAAAAGAGGCUGAUUCUCAGUUGAAACUGCUGAAUACAUUGACAGAAGCCAUGCUUGGGCCUGAGGCAAUCGAUUCUGAGUCACAGUCAGAGGAGGAGUCCUUAAAGAAACACGUCAAAGGCAUUCUAGAGAAAAAAGAAAACCUAAUCAGUGAAAAUAAAAGCAGUGUUGAACAGGCAGAGCAAAAAGGACUUGAAGAAUCACAUCACAGAAUAACACAAAAUGAGAAAAUAGAGACUGAACAACAAGCACAGGAAGCGAAAAAAGUUGGAUUAGAGUUGUUAAGUGAGACGUCAGAGAGACAUUUUCCCCUUCUUCCAGAAAACUCCUCACAGUCACCAGUCAUACCUCAUGUUAUUGAGAAAGCAGAGACUUUAGAACCCUGUCAGGACAUUGUUCUAGCACAGAUGGAUGUUUGAUCAAAUUGAUAAUUUGCUACAGGUAUUUUAAAGAAAUGGUUAACAUAGCCAGUAAUUAUUUAAUGUCAAAUUAUGGCUAAUAAUUAUUCUGAGCUGAACUUGUCUUAACCUCCAUUCAAAUUUUAUUCCAUAAGACUAUAGUUGAUGAGAAUAGAUGUGUUGAUCCUUUUUUAAACUAUUUGUACUUCCUUCCAGAUUGUAACUAUUUUUUCAUUUAUGCUAUUGGAUGUGAAUCUCUUGUAUAUAAAUGGUUUGUUUCAUCCAUCCAAGUAAACAUGGAUCAUGUUUUUUACCCAUAUGUCUUUGUGCUAAUGAUCAUAAUGACCACUGGGUGUAAACUGAAAUAGUGAAAUGUGAAGAGAUGAGACUUUAUUUGCUUUGGAUUUACUUUGCCAGAAACAUUUACAGUUCUUCCUCUAAACGAGUUAUUUUCUGCUUGCUUUUAUUUAUUUAAAAAAUAAACAGAUUAUUUAAAACA